GCACCCCGCAGGGGUGGAGCCUGAGCGAGGAGCCUGCGAGCAGCCUUCUCUCCCCGGAUGACUAGUGGCAGGAGAACAUGGAGUCGGGCAAGAUGGCGCCUCCCAAGAACGCUCCGAGAGAUGCCUUGGUGAUGGCGCAGAUCCUGAAGGAUAUGGGAAUCACUGAGUAUGAGCCAAGAGUUAUAAAUCAAAUGUUGGAAUUUGCCUUCCGAUAUGUGACUACAAUUCUGGAUGAUGCAAAAAUUUAUUCGAGCCAUGCUAAGAAACCCAAUGUAGAUGCAGACGAUGUGAGACUGGCAAUCCAGUGCCGCGCUGACCAGUCCUUUACAUCUCCUCCCCCGAGAGAUCCAUAUGCAGGACCCAGACUGCCUCCUGACAGAUACUGCUUAACAGCUCCAAACUAUAGGCUGAAGUCCUUAAUUAAAAAGGGACCUAACCAAGGAAGACUAGUUCCACGGUUAAGUGUUGGUGCUGUUAGUAGCAGACCUACCACUCCUACUAUAGCAACCCCACAAACAGUGUCUGUCCCAAAUAAAGUUGCACCUCCAGUGUCAGUGACAAGCCAAAGAUUUACGGUACAGAUUCCACCUUCUCAGUCCACACCUGUCAAACCAGUUCCUGCAACAACUGCAGUUCAAAAUGUUCUGAUUAAUCCUUCAAUGAUUGGGCCCAAAAAUAUUCUUAUUACCACCAACAUGGUUUCAUCACAGAACACAGCCAGUGAAUCAAACCCAUUGAAGAGAAAACAUGAAGAUGAUGAUGACAAUGAUACUAUGUAAGGAAUAUAGUCUAGUCUAGAUGCAUUUCAAAUGUGUAGUGGUUUUGAGCCCGGUAUACUGAACUAGAACAUUCUAGAUCUUCUCAAGUUUUAUCUUAGAAAACUUAAAUGUAGUUGAAAUAUUUUUCACAUUAGUUUAAACUGUUAGAUUUCAUAAGUAAGGGUGCCAAUGCUUUUUCAUUAGGCUUCAAGUAUAAAAAGUGAAGCUCUUGUUUCUCAAUAGUUUCACUAAUGUUGAGUCCUACUGUGGCAAUUCUAUUUUUGGAAGCAGUUUUCUGCCAUGUAUCACUGACAGCAGCACUUAAGUUUCAGUUUCUACAGCCUUAUCAAUGGACUAAUCUUUAACAGCAUAGUUUCUAAUCUACAUUUAAAUACUUUCUUUUGUAAGGUAAUACUCAUGUUUGUUGUCACCAACUUUUUGACCAAAUUUCUCAAUUUAGGAAACAUUUUUGGAGAGGAUGGAUUUAGAGGAAUUCUAAAUCCAUUUUGAAUGUAUUUAACUGGUUUCUUGGUAUUCGCUAACCUCCUACCUCCUCAAUCCCGUUUCUAGAUCCCAUUUGUUUUCUGUAGCAUCUCUUCCCAAUGGUCUAAGUUUCACUCCCUUGCUCUUAAAUUUAAAAGGCCAAAACUGGAAUUUUUAAAAUAUCAUUCCUGAUAGUACAGCUUAGUGUCAUUUUCAUAUUUUUAAAACUUGCUUUACAUGUCUGAUGUUCUACAGUUUAUUUUAACCUGAAGAUUUGCAUUUGCUUUUUCCCUCCAUACCAGAGCAGUUGAGUUUUAUCCCUUCCCUUUUAUGCCCAGCAAGCUUUAGUCUGCUUUUGAGAAGUAGUUUUGGGUCCGUUAACAUUCAGUUUCAGUCUUAUAUUCCAAGUUGACAAUGCUACCAGACUUCACAUUUCUAAAUUUAACAUAGAUGAUGCUAUAGUUUAAAAUCUGACUUGAUAAGUGAUAAUUAUAUUUACACUGGACCUAGGGAAAACCACUGAAGAGCAAGUGUUUUCAUCCUUUUUACCACACGGAUAUAUGCUUUGAUCACUACUGCUUGAACCCUCCUCCUAUUGGUACUAUUCAGAUCAUUUUUCUUGCUAGUUGCUGAGGAUGUCACACUGAAGAUAGGAUCAAACCUGAAAGUUUUCUAAUGGUUUUCCUUCCUCUAGAAAGCCAACAACAAAAACAAAUUAGUGUGAUGUGACUUGCACUUAGGUGCACUCUGCAUAGGUUUACCACUAAUGUUGAAAUGUUACUACACACUUUUCUCUUUUUUCCAUUUAUGCACAUGUAAACAUCUUACUGUGAAAGAUUGCAAAGGUUUCAAAAAUAUAAACAGGCUUGUGCAGUUUUUGUUUAAGUUUGACAUAUUCAACAUAGGAAUACUUGCAAAAUUUUGUAAAAUGAAUAUUCAUAUCAUAAUUUAGAACUUAUAGCCAAAGAUCCUCAAAACUUAAAACACAAGUUAAGUUUCAUCUUAGGAUGGUGCUUGAUAACAUCCAACAGAAAUUGUCCAGUAACGGAAGAAAUGUCUCAUCACAGUUUGUUUUUGGAUGUUAGGAAAAGGUGGUAUCAAACUUAAAAAAACAGAUCUGACUGAUGUCAUAGGAGAGAAAUGUUCAUUAUAUAUAGUAUAGGAUAUCAUUACUUGAAUGUUCUCAGGGAGGCAGCAUGUGUAAGGCCUAGGUUCUAGUCCUGGCUCUUAUCAUUUACCAACUGUGUGACCUUACUUCACCUCUGAGCCUUGUUCUCCUCACUAGUAAUAGGAAAAUAACACCGACCCUGCCUACCUCACAGGGAUGUUGUGAGGGUUUAAGUGGUGUAUGUGAAAGUUCUUUCAAAAUUGUAAAAUGCUAUAUAACUAAGAAAUUGUUAAUGUAUUUGUUCCGAGAUUAUUAAUAAAAAAAUUGAACUUAUA